GGUAGUUAGUUACCAACACAACCCUUAGACCAUGUUACUUAAAUUAGUUUCUUAAAUAGAAAUUCUCUUUCUUUGUGAAUUUCAAUUCAAUUCAAUUUUUUCUAUUAUUGACAUUCCAUUGACCAAUAACUGUCAAAACAAUAUGUACAGGUGCUAUCAUAUUUUUUCAACUUCCAAAUCAAAUUCUUAAUCUCAUUCUCCAUAUUUUAUUUCAAUCUUCUUGCGUUCAACUUUUAUUAUUUUCAUUUCAUUUCCAUGUUACCUCGUUGCAGACAAAAAAUAAUAAAUUAUUUUAUUGUCUGCAAUGGGGAGUGGAAAUUCAAGAUUAAAUUCACCUGAAAGAGAGUCUCUAACAAUCAAAACUUAUUCUACAAUUAUCUGUCGGUUCGAGGAGUUUAGAAAACGUAGGAAUGCAGAAUCUACACUCUCGAAGAAACAACUGUUGAAAGACGCUGUGGAAGAAGAUUAUUGUAGUAGUAUUUCUCAACCUUCUUCUCAUGAAACUAGUUAUGAAGUAGAAGAUCAUAAGGUGAAGGACGAAACCUUCGCCGAAAAGGUUUCUAGUGUUGUUCCAAUGGCAAACUCUGAAUGUGAAAUUAAGGAUGAUAAUGAUAAUGUUGAGAAGGUUAACAAAGAGAUUGAUCUAAGCCAUAAUAAAGUGGUUGAUGAAAAUGAGAAGGUUGAGGCAGAGAACAAAACAGAGGAGGAAAAUAUUGAAUGGCUAGUGGAAGAGGUAAAAGAAGAAAAUGAUGAUGUAAGUGCAAAAAGUGGUGAGAAAGAUGAUAAUGAUGAAGAAAUUGGAAGAUUUUUAUGUCCUGGAUCACCGAGUUUCAGAAUUUAUUGCAUUGAAGAACAUAAAAAAGAAGACCAACAACAUGAAGAAGAAGAAGAAUCUAAGAAUAUAGCCAUUGUCUUGCACCAUAAGUCACCUAGUGCUGACAGUGUCAGUAGUAUUGUAUCAAGGAACCCAAGAAUCUCAAAUGAGGUACCACAAAUUGUUGGAAUUGAACCAACUUAUUCAAAGAGAAAAGGGAAUAAGAUGAGAAAAUUUGGAGCUGUGAGAACUCUGCUGAAGGUUAAGUCGUGCUACCACCCAAUGUUUACUUGUGCAGGCGAUGAAAGAACUCAUUUUGUUGCUGCAAAAGCAGUAAACUAAUUAUCAUCAAUGACAAAUACGGUGUUUAAGAAAAUAGAAAUAAAUGAAUGUAACUACAUGUAUCAGUGUUGAAUACUGAUACGUGUUGAACAUUGGACAUUGGACAUACCUUCAAUCUGAAGGGUCUCUGCUACAUAGAUUAUGUCUAGGUUUUAGAAUUUCAUCUGAAUUUCUUUUUUGGCUUGUUUAAUCGAUUAAAUUCCUAAUAAUCCACAUCUUCGAUCAGAGAUAGACCGCACGAGGCUUGUCUUUGUUCAUUAUGUGAAAUGCCUAGUACAUUUCUUGUUCUAGCUUUGAUGUAAUUAUGUGUCCAAAAAAAAACUUUGAUGUAAUUAUUUUCCUUUGCUUACAUAUAUUCAUGUAAGCCACAUGGAGUCAAUACAGAAUUAAAUAGUACACUUUAGCCAUUUACUAUUU